GCAUCAGCCAGUGGCGUCUUCUUCAACUCCCCACCCUCAUCCUUGACUUGUGCUCCAUUCGAUAUUCAUCGGCAAACGUCAACACAAAUUUCUUCAAGUCGUCCAUCAUAUGAUUGAACUGAAAGAACUGCUGCGACUGCAUACCGUCCCCGAACUUGGCACUACGCAGUAGCAGCAGAACAAGUGUCCAAUUUUUCUAUUCCACAUCUCGACGACGAGUUGCAUUUCUCGUCGCCAAUCCCAGCAGCCAGAGAUUUUGCUACAUUUUGCGGUAACGUUGAAUAGGGGGCUAAAAAAUGAGGCGGGCUAAUAGGCCUCCAAAUGGUGUGUUCUUGGCCGGCUUGGUCGGAUUAGCUGUCGUCUUCACCUGUGGCUUCAUCUCGACCGCAGUCACAGCGCAAUUAGAAAAUGUGGAAUCCUCUUUGCCCGAUGAGAUGAUGACGAUUCACAAAGUCGGCCGUCGAAGAAUUCCCGUUCGAGUAAGAAUCAAUCACGAAGAGGAGACAAUUUGGUCGGUUCCAGUUUCGACACACGGCGACCACCAUCAGCUGGAGACACUCUACGACUUCAAAUCUGGCAUUGCAGUUUAUCGGGCCGAAGGCGAAAACAUCUGCUACGUCGAACAGUUGGUCGACCUAAGUUUCGAUCAACUAUUGAAGGCCAUUAAGGAGCAAUCGCUUCAUGAAGUGUUUGUCAGACAGGCGCCCCGCACGUUAUACAUCGUCAAUGCAACGACGGAACCGACCGAUGUGCGAUUAAAUGCCAUCUGUGAAGGAAGAGAAAUGCACAUGCUGAUCAGCGAUCCCGAACAGGCAAUCCAACCGAUUCAAGAGAGCAGCGAGACGUCCAAAGUGAGGUCAAAGAGAUCAGCCAAUCCAUGGCAGCCGACCUCGAGUUCAGCGUGGGCGAAGGCCACUUUGGACUCGGCCGAAUCUCGCACCAACGGAAACGGAUACGCCCAGGCUUACAGCAAUUUAGGCGAGUCGCAGGAUUCGUCCAACGGCUACGCUCCUACCAAGAAUCACAGACGCUUGGAAGCAACCAGCGCAUCCGGCACUUUUGCCCGACGACCGGAAACACGUAACUUCGAGUCCAGCAGCGAUGGUCCACUGCAGCAAGGAAGACAAAUGUCCCAGUUCAGUUUCCAGCAAUCGUUUCAAUCACCCGAAAAGGGACACUCCAUGCCCUCCUUCUCUUCACCGUCGAUGAUGGGCGGCUCUCCAGCGGAGCGAUCCGGCCUGUCGAAUAGCUUCAGCAGUUCCAGCAGCUCGUUUGCUCACUCUUCUCUGAUGGGCGCCUCUGAUUUGCAAGGCAUGAUGAUGCCCGUUGGACGCCACAUGCCUCAAGGCAACACCAAGGGACCUGGCAAAGGACCGGUGGCUUGGACUGGUCCGAUUCCUCGUGAUGCCACCGUCACCCAAGAGGCUGGAUCGUCUCAGCUGACGUACACGUGGAAAGUGCAGGAUGCCAACGGUUACUCGACGACCCAUUGGUAUACAGGACCACUGGGACCCGACAGAACUCCCAUUCGAAUCCAAAUGCCUUCAGAGCUGGACGUUGGUGUGCCGAGUCCCAGCAUUUUGGGCGGUGGCCGCCUACCUGUCAGUUCUUGGACCGGUCCCAUUCCCCGCGAUGCGACCGUCACCCAAACGGCCGGUUCAUCUCAGAAAACGUACACGUGGAAGGCGACGGACGCCAGUGGUUACACGACUACUCACUGGUAUUCGGGACCGUUAGGACCUGACCGAGUACCCAUCCAAUUGGGCUUUGAUUCCGACCUUGCAGCCAGCAUCCCCCAGCAGCCACAACCACAACCACAACUGCAACAACCAGCUCACCGUCGCGUAGCUGAAUCACGAACUGUCCAACAGCAGCAGCAACAGCAAUCCGUAACCCAGCAGCAGCAGCAGCAAUCCGUAACCCAGCAGCAGCAGCAGCGAGUUAGUCAGCCACAACAUCCACGACGCGUCGUAUAUCAGCAGCCGCAACAACCGCAACAACCGCAACAAACGCAACAAACGCAACAACCGCAACAACCGCAACAACCGCAACAACCCGAUUUCCAGCACAUGGUCGGCCAGGUUGAGAGGCAGCAAGUUCAACAGCAAGUACAUCAGGUGCAGGAACAACAGCGUCAACAGCAAUCAUCGACAUCGCAGUCGACCAGCCGCGUUUUGCAGCAGCAGAAACAACAACAAGAGCAACAGCAACAGCGUCGAGUCGCUCUCGAGGAACAGCGACGUGUCGCCAUUGAAUUGGAACAGCAAAGACGUGCCGCUGCCUUGGAGGAGCAACAGAGACAGGCAGCCGCUCGCCAACAAGAAAAAGAGCGCCAACAAGAACUGGCGCGUCAGAGAGAGCAAAAGCUGGAAGAGGAACGACGUCGCGUCGCCUUGGAAGAGCAACAGCGUCGAAUCGCUUUGGAAGAACAGCAACGCCAAGCAGCCCUGGAAGAACAGCAACGCCAGGCAGCUCUGGAAGAACAGCAGCGUCGCGCCGCCGCCGAAGAGAAACAACGCAGGGAAGAACAACAACGUCGGGCAGCCAUGGAGGAGCACGAGCGCAAACAGCAGCUGAUCCGCCAGAGGGAACAGCAAGUGCAACAGCAGAGGAUGGAGCAGCAACGCAUCGAGCAGCAACGCAUCGAGCAGCAACGCAUCGAGCAGCAACGCGUCGAGCAGCAACGCAUCGAGCAGCAACGCAUCGAGCAGCAACUCAUCGAGCAGCAGCGUCGCGCUGAAUUGGAAGAAUACGAACGCCAACAGAUGAAACGGCAACAGGCGAAGCGGCAGCAGGAAGAAGAGCAACGCGUUGCCAUGCAGGAAUACGAACGCCAACAAGAGUUGUACCACCAACAGAAACAAUCGCAUCAAAUGACGUCCCGUCAGUCCAACAACAAAGAACAAGUGGUCCACCAGGAGCAAGUGGCACCAGGGGACGGCCACUUGAUGGAAGAAUCGACUAUGCUGAAGAUCAUGGAAGAGCAACAACAAGAGAAGAGUCACCAAUCGGCGGCCGAAGAGGAACAUCAUCGGCGCGAACAUCACUGGACGAGUGGCAAUCGCAACGGAAACGGAGGUCGUCAUUCGGUGGCCACUCAACAACAUCAGCAGUCGCAACAGCAAAGCAGCAGCCAUGGCAGCAGCACUAGCGUCAACAGUCAGAGGGAAUUCGCAAGGAGGAGUCACAGAGAUUCGACUCAAGCGUUUGUCGAUCGCGGCGCUAACGGCCAUGCAACCAGCGGCCAUGCAACCAGCGGCCAUGCAACCAGCGGCCAUGCAACCAGCAGCCAUGCAACCAAUGGCCAUGCAACCAACGGCCAUGCAACCAGCGGCCAUGCAACCAGCGGCCAUGCAACCAGCGGCCAUGCAACCAGCAGCCAUGCAACCAGCAGCCAUGCAACCAAUGGCCAUGCAACCAACGGCCAUGCAACCAAUGGCCAUGCAACCAACGGCCAUGCAACCAGCGGCCAUGCAACCAGCGGCCAUGCAACCAACGGCCAUGCAACCAACGGCCAUGCAACCAACGGCCAUGCAACCAACGGCAACGGCAAUGGCAACGGCCGACAUGGCCGCGUUGACGUGGUCGCCACAUCGGCCGCCAGUCAUCAGACGGAAGCGCACGCCCCGUGCGAUACCUGCCAACAACUGAACCAACUGGAAGGGGACAUUAAAGACCUUUUCAGCAGACCUUCAUUGAGACCGUCGGGAAGAGCUGACAUUCCCAUCGAGCACGAUCACGAACCGGAAGUCCAUCAGCCGGAACUCGGCGGUGAAACGGAGCUUGGCAUGGAAGGACCUGAAAUGGAAACGCAACCGGCACCUGUCGCUCCUUAUCAACCGGAAAGGCGACCGGCACCUGUCAAUCCUUAUCAACCAGAAAGGCGACCGGCACCUGUCAAUCCUUAUCAACCGGAAAGGCGACCGGCGCCCUACGUUCCCGAGCCUUAUCAACCAGAGCCAGAGCUGGAGCACUACGUGCCUGAAUAUGAGCCACUGCCCGACACUGAGCCAGGAUAUCUGCCCGAACCGACCGAUGUCGGCACAACCGGCAGCGAACCGGUCGAGUACGAAGAAACGGAUCAGGUGAUUUGCGAGGAAGACGAGCAGCAAGGUCAGCCUGGUGAUCAAGACUACGGUGCGACGGGAGGAUGCGGGGGUGGCCCCUCCAUGACUGCCACGUCUUCCAUUUUCGAACACCAGGUGUCGAUGAUCAGCGUCCCGAUUCCGGCAAUGAUUGACCACGUUACCAGUAGCAACAGCAGAAGCGGAACCUUUAUGUCGUCUCAUCACCAGCAAACGGCCAAUCAACCGUCGUCGGCGCCGAGUCAGCCUUUGCCGGCCCGUCAGCAACCGCAACCAGGACCGGCACAAAUGCCUCAGCCAAAGUUAGUCAGCGGCAGCAAGCACGUCACUAGCAGUAGUUACUCCAAGACGUACAUUAGCAGCGGUUUCGUGCCCAUUGGCAGUCAACCAGCCAAUGUCCAGCCGCAGCCGGCCAUCAUGAUGCCUUCUCUUUCUUCGCCUUCCAUGUCGUCGUCGUUGUCGUCGUCUUCGUCGUCGUCGUCCACCACCUCGAUGUCGGCUUCGUCCCUGUCUUCGUCGAAUAAAGGCUUUUCGUCGUCGUCGACAGUGUGCCAAGCUUCUGGUUACACGAAGAAGUGCCAGAUUGUCUACGGUCCCGUAAAGAGGACGAAAAUUUGCGAAAUGGUACCCAUCGAAUCGACAGGAAAUUGCUGUUCUACUUGCUAAAACACCAAAGUCGUCUAUCAAAAUAGUGCAAUCGAACUAUCGUUGAAUAUUCGAUCGCCAUUUCAGAUUUUCUUUGCGGAUUAAAGUGUGGCUCAUCCUUUUUCUUCUCCUAUAAUAAUUCAAUUAUCUUUUUUCCCUCUUUAUAUUUGUUUUGAUUUUCCGCUUGCGCCCAGUUACGUUCAUUCGCUCAUUUUUUAUGACGGCCGUGGAUCCAAUUUUUUGGAUUUUUUCUUAUUUGAAUGAAAUUCUUCAAACUCUGAUUCAUCUUCCGUGCAAGCAGUGCGCACAUCACACAACUAAAGACACAUGUUCUCUUCAAGGCUUGACAAUUUGUCUCUAAAUGUGCCUCUGCAGGCUUUACAAAUACACAACUUCCGGUUUAA